AUGGCAUCGACUGAUCUCCUUGACGAACAACCAGUCGCUGGGCCAUUAGUGCCACGACUUGGUGUUCCGUUGGCUUUGCCCAGAAUUGUAUUUGGUGGAGGGGCACUUUCCCCGCAAUACCAGACGGAUGAACUGCUCAGUGGUGACUCGCCUCUAAGAACCGUUCAGCUCGCUCUUAGGUAUGGCAUCAACGCUUUCGACACGUCGUUUCCCCGCUCUUCUUACCAGUUGAUGACAAAGUGUGGGCGAUAUGGAACGUUUGACUUUGAUUAUACGCCUGCGACCAUUAGGAACAGCGUAAAACAAAGUUUAGAGCGACUGCAUGCGGACUACUUUGACGUUGUGCAUCUGCAUGAUGUCGAGUUUGUCUGUGAAGAAGUUACGCCUCGACGAACUGGGAACCAUCUAUCCGCCUUGGAUGACGACAAAGAGGCAUAUGGUCUCCAAGAGGGCGACGAAGGCAAAAUACGAGGGCCAGGCGACCAGAAAAUCCUCGACGCCAUUGCAGAACUACGCAAAAUGCAGGAUGAAGGUCUCAUCAAGCACAUAGGAAUAACUGGCUAUCCUCUUUACACGUUGCUGCGAUUGGCGCUCCUUAUUCUUCACAACCCACCUUUCAAACCUGUCGACGUGAUUUUGUCCUAUUCCAACCUUUCGCUCCAGAGUAGCACAUUCCUCCAAUUCGCACCACAGCUCACCGGUCGCGCCAAAGUUGGGCAAUUACUGGCUGCUUCUCCCUUCAGUAUGGGCCUCUUGACGGAUGCCGGGCCGCCCAAUUGGCAUCCAGCAUCACCUGAACUACGAAAAGCGACUAUAAACGCGGCAACAGAGGUCAAAGAGCGCGGCCGCUCGUUGGCAGACCUCGCGACCGGGUAUUGCAUUCGAAACACCGGUGGUGCGAUUCCGUUGGUUGUGGGAUUGAGCACUCCGAGAGAAGUCCAUGAAUGUGUUCGAGUUUGGAGAGAAAUCGAAGUUGGAGGGGGAGAUGACGUGAGCAGAGUCGAGCAGGAGGAUCUGGUGAAGAAGAUAUUCCGAGAUAUUGGCGUGUUGGAUUGGGCCUGGGCGUCUCCUCCAUAG